AAAUCUUGAUCCAUCUGAGAGCAUGGCCGGCAAACCUUCUUUCAUUCUUGCUCUGGAUUUCCAAGCACGUAAUUUACUGCUCAUGGAUGACGUUUUGAAUUCCAGUGGCACGCUAACUCCAGAUAUUGAUGACGCUUUUACGUCUUCUUUACCGUCGUCAUUAUCGACGUUUGGUUUCUUCAACGCAAGCCAAGACACGCACAAUUCCUACCUCGACUCUGACUCAGAUUUUUAUAUCUUCAAUGAGCCGCGAGUCAAGAUUCCGCUGCUCGUCCUCUACUCGCUCGUCUUUAUUCUGGCAUUCUUCGGAAACUUGUUGGUGGUGCUGGUGAUGACGCUGCAUCGACGCAUGCGCAGUCACACCAAUUUCUUCCUCACCAACUUGGCCGUAGCAGAUCUCGGAGUGGCCGUGUUUUGUGUGUACCAAAACUUCGCCAUGUACGUCAUACACGACUGGUACCUGGGACAGUUCCUGUGCCUGAUGUACCACUUCGUGACGUCACUGAGCUGUACAGCGUCCGUCAUCAUUCUGGUGGCUGUGUCGGGGGAGCGAUACCUCGCCAUCGUCGAGCCUCUGCGCGCCAAGAGCCUUCUGACCAGGAGGAAUAUGGUGACGACGAUGGUGCUCGUAUGGGCCUUCUCAGCCCUCUACUCCUGUCCUCGACUUCUUUACUUCGAGGUGGCAGAGUACCCCGUUGAAGGCGGCAAAGAAGCGAUGUGUAUUUUACGCCGUGAUCUCUUCGACACGAAAAUAUGGGACGUGGUCAGCCUGAUUUUGCUCUUCUUGUUGCCUCUCCUUUUGCUGACAAUUUUGUACCUGAGAAUCGCUCAUGUUUUGUGCGCUUCCUCUAAACUUCUUGCCCAAGUUUCAUACUCUGAAACUGGGAAGUUCAUUCGAACGAGCCCGAGACCAUCGGCCUCCGUGACGG